GCUGUGGGGAGCUCGAGCCCGGGAACUCGCGGGGACUCCAGGAUGGGGUCCCAGGUCUCCGUGGACGCGUCCGUGCACGUGGUCAUCGUUGGAGGCGGCUUCGGGGGGAUCGCGGCCGCCAGCCAGCUCCAGGCCUGGGGGGUCCCCUUCACGCUGUUGGACAUGAGAGACUCCUUCCAUCACAACGUGGCGGCGCUCCGGGCUUCCGUGGAGAGCGGAUUUGCCAAGAAGACCUUCAUCUCCUACACGAAGAGCUUCCAGGACAGCUUCCGGCAGGGCCUGGUAGAGGGGCUGGACCUGGACAAGCAGAGGGUACUGCUCCAGGGUGGGGAGGCUCUGCCCUUCUCCCACCUCAUCCUGGCCACUGGCAGCCGUGGCUCCUUCCCUGGGAAAUUUAACCAGGUGGCCACCCUGCAGGAGGCCAUCGAAGCUUAUGAAGAGAUGGUGAGGCAGGUCCAGAAUUCCCAGCACAUUGUGGUGGUUGGAGGAGGCUCAGCUGGAGUAGAGAUGGCUGCAGAAGUGAAAACCGAUUACCCUGAGAAAAAGGUUACUCUCGUUCACUCCCAAACCCCGCUGGCUGACCCAGAGCUCCUGCCCUGUGUUCGGCAGGAAGUGAAGAAGAUUCUCCUGGAGAAGGGGGUGGAGCUCGUGUUGAAUGAGCGAGUGAGCAACCUGGAGGAGCUGCCUCUCAAUGAAUAUCAUGACAGUAUCCGAGUACAGACGGACAAGGGGACUCAGCUGGUGGCAAACCUGGUGAUCCUCUGCACCGGGAUAAAGAUCAACUCCUCGGCGUACAGCAGCGCCCUGGGCGAUAAGAUGGCCGGCGACGGUUCCUUGAUGGUGAACGAGCACCUGCAGGUCCAGGGCUUCCAUAACAUCUACGCCAUUGGGGACUGCGCCCAUGUGAAGGAGCCCAAGAUGGCGUACCACGCAGGCCUCCAUGCCAACGUUGCCGUGACCAACAUCGUCAACAGCAUGCAACAGAAGCCGCUCAAGGCCUACACGCCAGGCGCCCUGACCUUUCUGCUGUCCAUGGGGAGGAACGACGGCGUGGGCCAGAUCAGCGGCUUCUACGUCGGGCGGCUCAUGGUCAGGUUGGCCAAGAGCCGAGACCUGUUUGUGUCCUCGAGCUGGAAGACGAUGAGGCAGGCGGCCCCCUCGUAGCGAGUGCGGGACGGGCAAAAGGACCUUCAGAGCUCCAUCCUGUGGGGGAACCUCCGGAGACUCCACGGUCAACACCCCAACACGAAGAGGAACUCAAAAGUCUUUGCAGGAGGGACGUUCAAUAUUAGAGCAGCACCGGCUGCCGAUCAGCACAACAAAAUGGUCCUUGACCUAUUAUACACUAUUAUACACUCAUUCCCUGGAUGGAGGCCUCCAGCCGGCCCAGCCCUGACCUGGGACUUCAGGAGCCAACACGGAUUCUCAGCCAGUGUGAGGGGUGGAAAGAACCCUGGAUGGGGCUUCAGAGAUCUGGAUGCUCUUCCAGCUCUGUCCUGCAGCCCUCCGGGGCUCAGGCCGUCCGUGCACCCCCAUCAGCCUCCUUUGGGGUCUACUAGAGCCCCGGAUAUUCGGCUGCAGGUUUCCACCCCUCAUUUGUCUUUCCGAAUCCUUUCUGUCAGGUUUGCACAACAAGAGAACUGUGUGGCCGACACGGAACGGUCAUUGGCUUCAGCAUAGAGGAAGCGUCUCGGCUUCGGCUUCCUCUGGCUGCUUCUCCUUUGCCAAAGGCUCGGAGUGCUCCGGACCAUCCCGGACUGGCUUCUCAUGACCCUGCUGGAAUAGCCACUCACCGAGGAGGCCACCCCCAACCCCUGGCAGGCCCCAGAAGUGGGCUUAGAUGGCCUCUAGGGACCCCCGCCCCCAUUUUAUGAGACCCAGCAGCGAAGCAGCUUCUCCAAGCUAACUGUGGCCGAGGACGAGCCAGAUCUACUCAUUGUACCCCCUUUCACCAUCCUCCUUUCCACAGAAGGCCUCAAAGGAGGCUUGGCUGGCCCGACAGACACUUCUAGUGGAAGCUGCUAAGGGCCACUGGGGAGGUGGGAGUCCUUCCUCCGGGGCUCUCUCCGGGCCAGCAUCCUGUCCCAUGCGCCGACACCAUGAAAUGACGUUCCGAUUUGGGGAAAUUACAAAAUUGGUUGCAAUAAAAUUGAGUGUCAGAAGAAGGA